AGUUAAACUUAAAUCAACCAUGUUUAAAGAAGCACCAAAAUUGGGAAAUAUAUUUCUGAAUGAAUUUCUAAUAUCGGACCUGAUUAGUUUGAAGCAAUUACCCACCAAGUAACAAAACUUAACAAUCGAAAUGAGCCAGCAAAGGAAGCUACCGUCAAAAAGAUAUUCAUCUUAUUUACCACCAACUGAACUUUCCACCCUUGAGGAUCAAGUCGCAACGUUGCCAAAUGAGACAGAACCCAAUGUGGAAUUGCGUACUACUUCAGUGAGCACUCCAGAUAAAAAUACCCGCCGAAAGAGUUUGAAUACAUUACACUUUGAUGCACUUCAAAAUGCUGUAUCUAAGUUGUCUCGAAUUGAUGACUUUGAUCUUGAAGAACUAGGAUAUGGAUUCUUUUCGGAUGUUUUCAAGGUAACACACAAACUAUCUGGCAAGGUGAUGGUGUUAAAAAGAAACAGAAGCACAAAUACGAAGCUCAACAUCUUACGUGAAGUACAGUUAAUGAAUAGAUUAUCUCAUCCGAAUAUAUUGAAAUUUAUGGGUGUUUGCGUUCACGAAGGACAACUACAUGCAUUGACUGAGUAUAUCAACGGUGGAGAUCUGGAUCAAUUGGUGGAACAGAAGAAUACAAUGUUAACAUGGUCUGUCCGAAUACGUUUAGCAAUGGACAUUACUAAAGGUUUAACGUAUCUUCAUUCAAUGGGAAUUUUUCACAGAGAUUUGACAGCGAAGAAUUGUUUGGUUCGGGUGACAACAAAUAACAAAAACAAGACAAAAUAUACAGCGGUUGUUGCAGAUCUCGGCCUCGCUGAAAAAAUUCCAACAAAACCUGAAGAUGAAGCAAAGUUACGCAUCGUUGGGACUCCAUAUUGUAUGGCACCUGAGGUUUUACGAGAAAAACCUUACAACGAAAGGUCUGAUUUCUUCUCCUUUGGGAUCAUCCUCUGUCAACUGAUUAUUCGAACAUCCUCGGAACCAGAAAAAUUACCGAGAUCCAAUGAUUUUGGACUUCAAAGAGAUUUGUUUACAAUAUUGGUCAAGAAAGGUGUUGGAUCACCAGAAGUAGUGACUUCAAGUUUGCCACUGUCAAUGCCACCCAAUGCAUUCCUACAACUUGCCUAUGAUUGCUGUGAGGUCGAUCCUUCCAAAAGACCAGAUUUGAAGGAAAUGACAUGUAGAUUAGAACAAGCACUGAAUGAAGAAAAAAUGAUAAGAAACGAAAAAAAGAGAAAUUUAUUGAAGAAUGCACAAGAACCUAUGAAACGCCAUAGCACAAUUCUGUCUGAACUUCCUUCAAUAACAAGUUUAUCAGAAUCUUCUUCACCAAGAAAGACAAUGCCAAGCACAUCAGUUGUUCUCAACUCAGAUAAGGAAAAUACUCCACUUAUUAAUAAGAUCCCAACUCAACAUAUCAAAGCUCGUCGGCGAUCAUCUUCUGGGUUCGAGAGACAUUCACGAUCUGCUUCAGAUAUUUCUAAAGAACUCAUCAGUCAUGCUGCAUCUAUCAUUGCUUCUUCUAGAAAUUCAUUCUUAAGCAAUGUUGAUCAAUUUGAUGACAUGAUUGAUUCGUUGAACAGUGCUUUCGUUAACCCAUUCAGUGCUUUGGAGAAUACGGAACUGAAAGAAAAGAAAUUGUUUGACAAACCAAGCUACGAAUUAAUGGAAAUGACAUUUGACCUUCCAUCACCAGGACUGCCGCCUCGUUCACCGCAACAUUCUCGCCGCAGAACAAGAAAUCGCUUGCAAUCUGCCCGUCCCAAAAGUCUACUACUCGAUGUUGGGAAUAAAGAUUUACCCCACUAUUUUGAAGACCCCCUAUUACCCAGACCACUCACCCCUGAACCACAUUAUGAAAUGAGAAAGUUGUCAAACAUUUGCUGUACGAACGCAGCAUCUAUCAGCGAUGUGACAAUUCCCUGCCCCCCUUCACCCACCCCGCCCCAAACACUGCCCCCAGAUGAGCAAGAGACAGUUCGAGGAAUUGUUGCUUUCCAAACACAAUUAAAACAAGCGCUCAUUCGAUCCAUGGCGUUAUCACCAAGAGGUCAACGGUUAUUGUCAUGGUGGCAUAACAACGGUCGAGCAAUAGACCGGAGGUCUUUAACAAGCGUGUUGUCAAUAAUGACAGAAAAAUUGGGAAAUCUCCGCAGGUCUAUAAGCGAACCAGAUCUCACACAAAAUGCAAAUUCACUAUUUACUCUAGCGCACAAUAUUCCCACUAGUGGUAAUAGUUCAAGGUCAUCUGUUACAUCGGAAAGAGGUUCCCCAAGGUCAUCAACGAGUGGGAAACCCCCAUUGGGAGGGAAGUAUCAAACUCAUGUCUAUCCAGCUUAUGUUACACUGCCAAGAAAGAAAAAAAUAGCGAGAUGUCAAAAUACCAAUGCUGAUUUCAUACGAAAACGUCGAUCGAGAACUUCCGACGACGUUUUCCUUGAGCAAACUGCCUUGGACAUUCUUCCUGAAGAAGGUACAGACUUACAACCUAAAUCAAUAUAUACUGACCCUAAUAUGAAACAUAGAGUCAAGUCCGCUCCGGAAUUCAUCCAAUUGACGACGAAUGAUAUGCCGGAAAUCAAUAAUAACAUUUUGAAUGAUGUUCAUGAAACUGAAAAGGAGAGCGAUUUUGCAUGCUGCUGCCCAACUACUAAUUCAAACAAUUGUGACGUCACCAGUGAUUGCUUGGCUGCACAAAUGGCAUCGUGUAGAAUCGGAAGGCAGCAUAGCACAGGGUCAUCUUUUGGGGACUACAGUGUUUCUUCUUCUAGUAGCUCAUCAGGAAUGUCAAGCACAGGAAUAAAAAUGACUCUUUAUUCUGGUAUGGUGUCAACAAACAGGAGGAGGAAGAUAGGUAUUUUAUCUCCCCCUCCUCCUGACUCUGGGGCGCCACCUUCUUGGUCACUUUAUAAUGAUUCUGCUUCGCAAUACAAUCAUAACCGGGGAGCACGACGUCGUACUUCUCACGAAAAUCCCCACACUAUUGGCCCCGUCAUGGAAGAUCUUUGUCCCAGUGAAUACCAUUCCACUCAAAGAAGCAAUAGAGAUUCGGGUUAUAAUGAGGAUAUUCUCUUUUCCGCUGAUCAUUCGUGCGAUAGUCAAUCAUCUCACGAUACGACAGACUCAGGUUUGAGGUCUCGAUCUGCUUCGUCACUCAAAUCUGUCUCAUUCACUAACCCUCUUUGUGCCACUCUCGAUCCUACUCACAUGUCAACUGAAUCCAGUUCCGUCCGAUCUAACUCUGAAUUUAUAUCCGAUGUAACUCCAAAAUGCAAACUCAAAGAAAGUAAGGAAAAUCCGAUAACAAAGAUUGGGAAACUAAUUAACUAAUUUCCUGUGCUUUUACUAACUAAAGUCAGCCUAGAAACUCCAGAUUGAGGGGCACAACUAAAUUGAAAUAAUUCAAGGGGUAAUUGAACUUAUGUGUAAAUUUAGCAUGCUUAUGUUGUACAUUAAAUUAAUUGCAAUAAAAAUUACAACAAUAUACAAAAACUAUGUAACAUAGGCUAUUGUGAUGUUGACAUUCCUAAAGUCAUCUAUCUAUGCUCAUGAUGCAUACUUAUUUUUUUUUUCAAAUUUCUUUUCGCUGCGCAUUUUUUGUUUUACAUUCUAUAUUGUUCCAACCAGUGUAUUAUUUUUUUCUUUUAUAUCAUUCUAUCAUGGCCGAUGAUAAGCUUAACUGCUGUGCAGUUUUCAACUCAACUCGAGUUUAAAAAACUUUAAAUUUGCUGAUAAAACUGUAUUUUCCAUAUAUUUUAUUCCUCCAAAAAUGCAUGUUAUCAAAAAAAUAAUCCAUAUAAUGAUUUAUUUCCUUCAACUCAAAAUUUUGACAAAACUUGCUGGAAAGGGAUGGUGGAAAACAAUGGUUUACCAUUUCUUUUUAACGCAAAACCAACUUUUUAAUGAAGUAGACUAUAAGUAUUAUAUUAUGUCGUAUUUGAAUUCACCAGCUCUAUUGAGAUUUUUCAUUAUUUUUAAUUUCCCAACUAGUUAGAGAUAUACAGUAGUUUAUUCUUCAGCCUUUUGGAGGGUAAAAUUAUUGCUUGUUCAAGUAUUUUUCUCAUUAUUUUUUUUGUCCAAUUAUCAACAUUAUUCAGAUUAUUUGCUAUCUCAGGAUUAAUUUGUAUAUUUUGAUUCUAAUUUUUGUGAAAAUUCCAAUAGUAUAUAUUACGUUGUUAAUUUUACUAAUGUCUUCAAUUUUUUUAUUGAUUCCACUAAUCUUAAUCAGUACUGUAAUUAUGAGUAUGUCUUCAGAAUAUGCUCUCUUGGCUUCGUGAUUGAGUCGAAAUUUUUUCCAAUCAAGUAUUUGAUCUAUUCGUAACAGUAGAGUAUUUUAGUUUUGAAUAUGCAUGAUGAUAAAUUUUUAUUUUCAUUGUGAAACUAACAUUGAAUGUGUUUAAAAUACGUGAAGAGCCAAAUAACACUGUGGAGUGUGGUGUAACCAUUGUUUCGAUCUGAAACUUGCCAAGUUUUAAACAUGGAUAGUCGAGUCGCGAAGUACUUUCGUUGACCGUACUAUACAAUUUAAGAGUCCUGCAGCGCAGAAAGACUUUGAUUUGCAUUGUACGCAUACGGAUCCACUAGCGCUAAGGCAUGAAGGACAGCGGGUUAGUCUCAAGUAACAGUCACUUUCAUUGAAUUUGUUUUUAAAUGGUUUAUUCAAGUUCUAAUGAAUACUGUGUUUCAUUGGCUUUCAACGGUAUUAUUUUGAAAAUUGCGUUUUAAGGGUUUUUCUCAAAAUUUUUAAUCAUUUUUUCCCGAUUCGAGUUCAAAUAUUUCGCUUUUGUUGAUUGUGUUUAUUGGGUCUUUAAUGUAAAAUUCGAAUGGAUGAAGUCUACUGAUAUUCUUAUGACGAUAUACUGAUUUUUCAGUUUAAGAAAGUUUUCUUAUGAUGCAUUUCGUCACGAUUACGACUCUUUAUUCUGUGUGUAUUUCUGGAACCAUAUCUUUAAUUUGCUCCGAAUUCUUGGUCUGCUACACAAUUAUAUUUUGAAGAGUGAGUUUGUUUUACAUUUUUUCAGUAUUUUUGCAACAUGACAAUGAAAGUGUGAAAUAAAAAUCUGAAAAAAAG